AUGAAACUGUUGUUCGUUGUGGCGAUUGCCUGGGUGGGCGUGUGCGCUGCUAGACGGCCUCCCAGCGGUGUGCGGUACAAUCCAAACCGCCAGGAUCACCACUUCGAGGACUCUCCCUCUCCCGAAAACGAGCAGUGGAAUUCUGAACCGUUCCAAAACAGAGGCGACAAGAGGUUCGGGAACAAGAUCAACAAGGGUAUGUUUCCUCCAGGAGACAAUUCUUACGUGGACCGAUGGAUAGUCGCCCCCUCUUAUAUCAAAGGGCCUCCCUACCCGUUCCCACUGCCCCUUAACACAAGGCCACGGCCACGCUACUCAGAUCCACCACAAGAGGACCAGGAGUGGCAGGAUACCCCAUCCGUUCCUCCCAUACAGCCCCCACAGCCCGUUCUUCCCACAGCCCCACCCGCCUUCCCAUCGCGCCCUCCUGCCCCAGCGCGACCGGUUCGUCCUCCCAAACCAAAUUGCGUCUCUCUCCCAAGGCCCCCUCCCCUCCAAGACGAGGAAGAAGACGCCUGGGACGCGCAGGGGCCUGCCGAUGACGAUCCGGGCGCGCCAGACAGCGAGCAGGCGGACGAAAUGGAGCCGCGCCGCCCUCCGUUUCUAUACCAGCAGCUGUACGUCCCCGCGGGCGCUUUGGACGAAAACCGCGGCGAGCCUCCGUCCGCUUGGGGGUUCCACCAAAUCGCUCAGCCCCCGAGGGGCAGGCUGGUGUGAGCCUAGAAGAAUGGCCAAGGCCAAGAUGUGGUGACAAUGAGUUGCACGCGACUGCCGGAGGCAGUUCAACACGCUCAGAUUUGGGAGAAUCUGUCAUCGAGAAUCCAGAGACGAAUCCGUUGAAUUUAAAAUGAAACUCGUGUCUUUGAAGAUACUUUCUGAAACGAACGUGUAUUC